GCGUUAAAAAACUGCAUUGUGACAGGGCUCGUCACCAGCGCUUGCAUGCACUUGGCAUAAAUAUGAGGAUCUUUAAAACUCCGUAGACUCAUGCUCAAGGGCUGCCGGGAUCGACUCCAAAUAUAUACCGGUAUGUCGUCCUAAGAUUACCCAGGAGAUCAAACUUAUCCAGAAGUUGGUCGAGAAAAUGGCAGCUCCUCCGGAAAAACAUAUUCAUGAUAUCAAUGGAUCUUGGUUACUGGUAAGAUAACGAGCAGUGCUUUAUUUUCCUUAUCAACUUUGUCGGGUGUCCGUGCUGACUAAGUAUUUCUUGGCCAUUUCUAGAACAAACGUUUAUCGGAUCCUAUUGAACAUAUCCUCCGACUUCAAAACGUGAAUUGGUUUUUGCGACGCGGCAUAUGUUUCGCAGAAGUAAAUCUGCAUGCAACGCAGAUACAAGAUGAAAAUGGACUGGCUACACUCACCAUGGAAAGAGUCUCGAGCGUGGGACUUGCAGGCUCGACGGAAAUUAGACCAUUGAAUUGGGAUAUGAAAGAAUUUAAAGAUCAUAUAUGGGGGAGUACACGGACACGGAGCAGAUAUAUUCCUACCGCGGACGUAGAAGAGGGAGAGGAUUUUCUCACGUCGGGAUGGUUGGAGGAGACGGCUUUGGGUCUUUGCAUUCAGGAUAAAACGGAAUCGGCAACGGGUUCAUGGUCAAGUGUUACGGUAUGUCACUCUGGUUUCCUGGUUAGCACUGCGCAUCAUGACUGACUGGAUAUAUCAUAGGUAUGGGGUUUUGAACUGAUCAAGGAAGAGCGGAGAUUAGCACGACACAUUCUUGUUCGAAAGGGAUAUGAGAUUGCAAUGGCAAAGUUGAUCUAUGACUAUAUCGGUCCUGCAAAACGCCAAGUGCAAUGUUUUCGAUAUUAAUAUGGCACUGGCAUCUUUACGACUAUCAAUAUACCCAGAUGAACUUAUUAUUUGGAGAAAACUGACGUGGGAAUAAAAACUUUGGGAUAGUUUUCCGGUGUUCACGGCGCAAAGGGCAAAAAGGAUACAAGGAAUAAGGCGCCGGAAACAUUAUCAGAUAUCGAUGUCCGAUUGGAGAUGAUCUCGAGGAUAUCAAUCUAUGUAACAUAGCACCAGAAUAUUUUAAUAAUUCAUAUAUAUACGACCGUAUUGACAAAAGAUCUCAAACGGUCU